CAAGCGUACCAUGGCGCCUGUAUCGAUGCCGUCCGCGCUCACGUUUGAGCUGCUGGGGAAAUGCUCCGUCACCAGAGCACGUGCUGCGACGCUUCACCUUCCUCAUGGCCCAGUCCCACUGCCCAUCUUCAUGCCUGUCGCAACGCAGGCCUCGCUCAAGGGCCUGACGCCAGACCAGCUUGAAGACCAGGGUUGCCGCCUCUGUCUGAACAACACUUAUCAUCUAGGCCUCAAGCCAGGACAAGCAACGCUUGAUGCCAUUGGCGGUGCACACAAACUGCAGUCAUGGCCACAUAAUAUCCUCACAGAUAGUGGUGGCUUCCAGAUGGUAUCGCUGCUGAAGCUCGCCAAAGUGACCGAGGAGGGCGUGCGGUUCCUCAGUCCGCACGAUGGCGAGCCCAUGCUGCUCACGCCCGAACACUCCAUCUCGCUGCAAAACUCUAUCGGCAGCGACAUCAUCAUGCAGCUCGACGACGUGAUUGUCACCACGUCUCCCGACCACGCCCGCAUGCGCGAAGCAAUGGAGCGCUCGGUCCGCUGGCUCGAUCGCUGCAUCCACGCGCACAAAUACCCCGAGCGCCAGAAUCUCUUCUGCAUCAUCCAAGGCGGCCUUGACCUCGACAUGCGCAGAGAAUGCACCGCUGAAAUGGUCGCUAGAGACACGCCUGGAAUCGCUAUUGGAGGCUUAUCCGGCGGCGAGGAAAAAGCCGCGUACUGCAGUGUCGUCAAGACAUGUACCGAGCUGCUUCCGGGGAAGAAACCGCGCUAUGUCAUGGGCGUGGGCUACCCCGAAGACCUGGUCGUAUCCGUAGCCCUAGGCGCAGACAUGUUUGACUGUGUGUGGCCGACGCGAACCGCCCGCUUCGGCAACGCAAUCACUUCACGCGGCUCGCUCAACCUGCGCAACGCCCUCUACGCCCAAGACUUCACUCCCAUCGAGCAGGACUGCACCUGUACUUGCUGCCGCCCUGCAUCCAGUGGCGGCCUCGGCAUCACACGAGCAUACAUCUACCACGUUACUGCAAAGGAAACGGCAGGCGCCCAUCUCCUCACCAUGCACAAUGUGCACUACCAACUUACGCUCAUGCACAACGCCCGAGAAGCCAUUCUCCAGGAUCGAUACCCGCAGUUUCUGAAACAGUUUUUUCACUCGCUGUAUCACGGCGAGAAGAAUAGGUAUCCGACUUGGGCUGUGCAUGCCCUGAGAGGUGUCGGUGUUGAUCUUCUGGCUGAAUAAGUGCGCGGUUGUGAGUUGUGUGAGUAAGUAUGUGUGUUUGGCUUAUGUAGG